GGCAAGGGCGAGUGAAGCCAUUGCAAGAUAAGGUAGCAGCCAUUAAGAACUAUGAGGCCCUGUCCACCGUAAGGCAAAUGCGGGGGUUUUUGGGGUUAGCUAGUUAUUAUCGACGGUUCAUCCCUCGAUUCGCCGAGAUCGCCAAUCCCCUGGUGGAAACCACAAAGGGGCGAAAAGCCUUCAGGGUGGAAUGGAACACAGAGAGGAGGAAAGCAUUCGAAGACUUAAAACAGGCCCUGUGUCAGGAGGCUGUAUUGCACACCCCUAAUUUUAAUAUACCGUUUACCCUGCAGACGGAUGCCUCGGCCCAUGCCCUAGGGGCCGUUCUUGCCCAGGAGGUGGACGGAAUAGAGCGCCCAGUUGCCUUCGCCAGCCGGAAGCUUAAUGAGCACGAGAAAAGAGUACAAACGUAUGACUGCGGAGAGAGGAUUGCAGACUGGUUCUCUGAGUUUCUUGGUCGUCAGUGUCACCUGAUUAGGCAGAGUUCAGACUUCAAAGGAAAUGCAACUCAGAAACAUGUAAAAGGUCAGGCACCCUCUGCAACCCUCUCACUUUCUCUUGUGAAUGAAGCACAAUAUCUCCUGAUAAACACUGCAAGCAUUUUGUAUCUGAAAGAGCAAAUUAUUGCAAGAUUGGAAGAGCCACUAGAAACAGAACAGCUGAUCCAACGCUUCCGUGCCAACAUUGUGAUCAACACAGUGGAGCCUUUUGAGGAAGAGGAGUGGGCUGAGAUUUCAAUCGGUGCUCUACAUUUCCAGGUUGUAGGUCCGUGCAACAGAUGCCAAAUUAUCUGCAUAGAUCAACAAUCUGGAGAGCGAAACAAAGAAUUCCUGCAGUCUCUGUCUAAUGUCAGAGGUAGAAAGACACACUUUGGCAUAUACCUGAUGAACCAGUCAUCAUGCUCAUCCUCUUCAAAUUUAUUGUCAGUGGGAUCUCCAGUAUUUCCUAUAUUGAAGGAGAGUACAAAAAUACAGUGCCCACCAUCCAAUGAAGAAAAAGCUUCUGGAUAACUUUCUUCAGCUGGACAAGUUUGACAUGGAUAAUUGAGAAAAAUCUGGUUGUCAGUUAUUAAAAAAAAUUUCUACUGGUUUA